CAGCAGCCUCCCGGCCGGGCCAACCCCCGCUCCCCGCCGCCACCGCCCCCAGACCCGCCCCCAGGCGGGGCGGGCGAGGAGGAAGUGGCCCGGGGAGGCCGGAAGCGCCGCCGGGGAGGGGCUGGCGGGGCGCUGCCCGUAGGCGUUGCCGAUGGAUGAACUAGUGCAUGACUUGGCCUCAGCCUUGGAGCAGACUUCAGAACAAAACAAGCUCGAUGAGCUGUGGGAAGAGAUGGCCCUGAGCCCGCGGCUGCAGCGGCGUCAGCUUCGCAAAAGACGGGGUCGUAAACGACGCUCAGACUUCGCGCAUCAGGCAGAGCAUGCCCGCUGUUACAGCGAGGCCUCAGAGUCAAGCUUGGACGAAGCUGUUAAGGAUUGCCGUGAGGUGCUGACAGCCAAUUUCAGUGACUCUGAUGACAUGGCAGUGGUCAAACGACACCCAGCGCUUAGUGCCACUCUGAGGAGCAAGCAACACGCAUGGCAUGAGUCAGACUCUUUUACAGAGAAUGCACCUUGUCGACCUCUCAGGCGCCGUCGGAAAGUCAAACGUGUGACAUCAGAGGUGGCUGCCAGUCUCCAGCAAAAGCUCAGGGUGUCAGAGUGGAACUGUGAGAGGGGCUGCAGGUUCAAGUCAGCCAAGAAACAACGUCUUUCACGUUGGAAAGAAAAUGCUCCUUGGCCAUCAUCCAGUCAUGGCCUUUGUGAAUCAGGAGAGAACAGGCCCUUCCUCAGCAAAGGGGGAAGGAAGGAGCGGAUGGAGUGUGAAGCUGAUGAACAGAAACAGGGCUCAGAUGAAAACAUGUCAGAAUGUGAAACCAGCAGUGUAUGCAGCAGCAGUGAUACUGGCCUGUUUACCAAUGAUGAGGGCCGCCAAGGAGAUGAUGAGCAGAGUGAUUGGUUUUAUGAAGGAGAAUGUGUUCCUGGAUUCACUGUUCCCAACCUUCUUCCCAAGUGGGGAGCCGACCACCGAUCUGAAGUGGAACGGAUUGACUCAGGCCUGGACAAGCUCUCAGAUUCCACAUUUCUCUUGCCUUCGCGGCCAGCUCAGAGAGGGUUUCAUGCUCGCCUGAAUCGCCUUCCAGGAGCUGCAGCCCGGUGUCUCCGAAAAGGUCGGAGGAGGCUUGUUGGCAAGGAGACCUCCAUGAGCACUCUGGGCACCGAGAGGCUAGGUCAUAUUGUUAGUGAUCCGCGCCAGAAAGAAAAGAACAAAGUGCUGGCUUCUGAUUUCCCCCCCACUGUGGCCUGUGCACAUGAGUUCAAUCCAUUAUCUCCUCUGUACUCUCUGGAUGUGCUUACUGAUGCUUCCCACCGAAGAUGCUCACCAGCACACUGCACUGCCAGGCAAGCACAUGUACACCUGGGAACACUGUGCUCAAGGGACAUCAAGAGGAAACGAAAGCCAGCUGCAGCUUCCAUGUCCAGCCCAGCAUCAGCAACUUUAUCUAUCCACAUGGAUGCAGCAGAGUCAGAGCUACCAGCAACACCAUCCGUGAGAUCCCAGAACUCUGAGUGGACAGGAAAAACACCAACAGCCGAGAAAGCCACUAUUGCUGCCUCCAGUAACUUUUUUAAAAUGCCACCAGAGAAGAGUCCUGGAUACAGCUAAAAGGAAGCACUGCAACUGUAGAAGCUUGCUGGAUUUUAAAAGUGUUUGACUCUGGUGUGUGUCUUCAGUGUUGGGACCGCAGUGGCUUUUAAAAAUGUUCUUGUUUUACUGCUCUAUUUAUUAUGCAUUCAUCUCUUUUCCCUGAUGCCAACUCCUAUACGCUGGGUCAUGUACAGAUUCUUUUGGGUUUUCAGAUCUUUAUUCACCCCCUGGACACGUUGCUUGUUUGUGCAUUUGGCGUUUUUUCAGGUGAAAGUCCCACUGCUUCUCAGGCAGGUGAAAGUCUCCCCCUGCAUUCUUCCAGGCCAGGAGAAUUUCUUGGCUGGGGAAUGAGGAGGGAGUGCAAACAAGCUGAAACACAGAACCUGAAUCCUGUAUUAGCAGAAUGUUUUCAGGCUGUGUACUAAUGGACUCGAAUGAUGUUGCUUUUAGCAAAGCAAAUAUGGUGCUUGUCCGUUCAGAAAUUGCCAUUGGCUCACUGGCAGCAUGGUCCAUUAGACCUUUUCCUUCUCCCUUCUUCUGAAUGUCUCUAAUCCUGCUUGUGUAUUGCAUGUUCUUUCCUAAAUAUCCUACUGGAUAAGGAAUUGGGAGAGCUACUUGAACAUAGAUGUGCAAGCUGGUGUCCUGGAAAGGAACCCGGGCCCUUGAAUAUUCUUGGGGUAUGGUAGAGGAUAUACAAAACUUCCAUUUCUCAGUGUAUAAAUUAAGAAAUGACUGUCAGUGUUUCUAAAGGAGAUUUAUUGUUGAAGUUAACAUGCCAUUGAAUAAAAAAAGCCAUUUAAAGUAUCACCUCAAUUCAGAGCAUUCUGAGAAUCUAUCAGACCACUUCUGUCUCAUGUUUUCCCUACCUUCAAAAAGUAUUGUCUACUCUAUCUACUGGAGGUGUCUCCACCUACUGAUGAUUGUACUUUACUUUGCAGCGUGCAUGCUUCAUAGCACUUCCACUUGGUCCCUUGUUGCCUUCUAUGUUGCAGAAUAUACGGAUAGUGAUUUCUUCCCUCUCUUUUCUUGAAUUUUUAUCACACUUUGCUUACUUUUCAUGAAUUAGUCUGUCUAGAGCUUAUUUUGGACUAUGUUUUUAGAAUAUAUACCUGCAUAGUGUGUGUCAAGGAACAGAUGGCCUUGUGGCUUAUUAAGCCCUUUAAAAACAGGAUAUAUUUGCGUGCAUAGAACUCUUUUUGCUUUCUUCACCGAGUGAAGCUUUCAGACAGGACCAUUUAAGCUUGUAAAAUUAAUUUUGAAUGUGGAGGUGCAGUUAGCACUCCUAAGUAGGUAACAAAAUUUGCAUGGCUUUGGUGGUUUUGCAGUGUUCUGCUCUCCCUUAUAUAGCUGAGGGACAGAUUUCAUUGUGAGGAUAUAAAGCAGUGAUUUAUAUAUAACUCUGUAUUAAAAUGUUAAAUGGUCAUAACAUACACAAAACAAAAAUUGAAUGACUCACUAAAUCAUGAUUGACAAAUACAGUUAUACUACAGACACACUGUCCAUGUCUGAUCCCCUAAUAUCUACUUAUUCUUGGGGAGAGAUCCAAAUUGGAUUUGUAUUUCGCCGCCCAAGCAAACUGUCAGAUCUGUCAUUGUAAAUCCUUCUCAAAACCUCUUUUUUUUUUUUUUUUGUGAUGAUACAUUUUAGAACUAAUUAGAACAGGGAAGGACUUUUUACCGUGCUGAAAGAAUAAGUGAGAAGCUGUAAGGGUUUUGUGGGGAGAGGAGUGUUCGUUAUUUAAAGUAGUCAUCAAAUUGCCUUAUUUUGCAGUUAUUUUGAGCAAUGGUGCUUAAGAGGUAGUACAGGAAGUCUCAGCACUGGAAGGCCUGUAAUCUAGAGCUAAUAAAGAGAAGUUAAAUCUGAAGGCAGUAGCUUGACUAUCUAGUACCCAUGAACGGUGAAGGGAAAAGGUGAUCAUGUUCUUCUGACAUCCUGCAGAUAAAUUUUAGGAUUAGAGGGCUUGUAACCUAACUUGCAGGCUGUUUCGGUGACAAGGAGCAAUUCCCUAGAAGAGCGUUUUUGCAGCUGACUGGUUUUGACCUUGUGAAGGAUCCUCCCUUGGUUUGGGUCUCAGCCUUGCUCGGAUUAAUGAUCAUUCAGCUAAAAUUUUAAAUUUUGGUGUUCAUGUCCCUCUUUUUAAAACCGAUUCUGAUAUAUCUUGCUACAUUCCAGUAGCUGAAGGGUGCAUACAAGAGAGCUGUGGAGGGACUUUUUACAAAGGCAUGUAGUGAUAGGACUAGGGGGAAUGGCUAUAAAUUAGAGAGGGGCAGAUUUAGACUGGACAUAAGGAGGAAAUUCUUCACCAUGAGGGUGGGGAGGCCCUGACCCAGGUUGCCCAGAGCAGUGGGGGCUGCCCCAUCCCUGGAGAGGUUCCAGGCCAGGUUGGAUGGGGCUUGGAGCCCCUGAUCCAGUGGGAGGUGUCCCUGUCUAUGGCAGGGGGUGGGACUGGGCUUUGAGGUCUCUUCCACCCCAAACUAUUCUAUGAUUCUGAGUAUUGUUCAGAGUAGUUCCGUUUCUUCUGUGUUAUCAGGACAGUUUUGAAACUUAUAUGAGCAAGAUGUUUGAAGUGUUAGGGAAUCAACAGCCUUCAUCUUGCUCAUUGCAGGGGGUGUUGCCAGACUUCACAUUUUCCUCUGAGGGCAAGGAAAGAUAAUUUAUCAGAUUUUCUUAUUGAGGUCAGUAGCUUUUGUUCAUCUGGUUAAGCCCUUACUUAGGUUGUAAGCUCCUAGGAGGUCUUCUUUGCUUUUAAAGGUUGAAUGCACUUGUUGCAUUACUAAAGGGUAACUAUGUAAGGCCUUGUCUUGGUAAGCCAUACUUCCUGCCACGGCAACUUUCUGGAAGUGCCAGGAGACUCAAAUUCUUGCAGUCUUUCCUCUUUCUAGGUUAGAAUCCAUCUGCAGGUCGGUCAGGCUCUCAACCAAAUAAGAGUCUCCUGUGUGAUAGACAAGCUAAAUGAAUCAUGUAUCUUGUUACUCCAGGGUAUUUAUCAAAAGUUAUCUUCAGACUUCAGUAGCUUGAUACAGAUUUGAAUAUCUACAGCAUUCUUAGAUGAAUGAACUAGGAGCAUUUUUUGGUCUCUUUUCCUCUAAGGGAGAUUCCUUUGAACUCAGACUGCACUCACGCAGUACUUGCAAUGAAGGACACAGUGCUUCAGAUGUGAAUUCCUAGGGUAGAAAGGAAUAAUACUGGGCCUUCAUUUGGUUGCUGUGCUUCUACUAAAGGCAGUCCAGUAUGUGGUUAUUGCUUCGAAGAUAUGCAACUCACUCACAUUCCGCUUCUUGUCUACCAGAACUCCUCAUUUUUUUUCCAGGUUUGUUUUCUCUCCGAUUGUCUUCUGUCCUCGUCCUUACAGGAGACUUCAACUUCCCAUACAUCAACUGGAAAUACCGUACUGCUAUGGCAAACAAGUCUGGGUAAUUCUUAAAGUAUGUCAAAGAUAAUUUCUUGUCACAAGUACUCAGUGACCCAACUAGGAAAGGCGCCGUCUUAGACUUGUUUUUUGUGAAUAGAGAAGACCUUGUGGGAGAUGCGAUGGUAGGCGGCUGUCUUGACUACAGAGAUCACAAAAUGGUCAGCAGAGUUGCUGCCCUGGAUUUUGAAAGGGCUAACUUCAAGCUGCUCAGCAAGCUAGCUAGCAUAUCCCCGGGAAUUCUACUUUUUGAGGGUUUAGGGGUACCUGACUGCUGCUCAGUUUUCAUCUUCUAAAAGCCCAAGAGCAGGCAAUCCCUUCGUGCUUAAUGUCGAGCAGGUGCUGCAAGAGACCAGUUUGGCUGAACAUGGAACUCUUCUUGUAACUCAGGAGGAAAAAGAAAUUGUACAGUCUCUGGACGCAAGGUCAGGAUUCACAGUAAGAUUGCAGAGCUUGGUUUGCAUAUGCAGGGACAGCAUGGAAAAGGGCAAAGCUUAACUGACAUUGAAGGUGGCCAGUAUUGUGUCAGACAAGCAGAGAGGCUUCUUGAAAUGCGUUAAUAGCAAGAGAAAGUCUAAGGAAAACAUGGGACUGAUAGUUGUUGGAGAUGACCUGAAAAAUCGUGAUGAAAUAAAACUGGAGAUAUUCAGUGGGGGUUUUUUUGCCUCAGUCUUUAAUACCACUGGCAGACCUUUUUCAUAGAUGACAGAGAUCAAUUUUAUAAGGACAUACAUUUGCAAACAGGGCUUUAUUUAUGUCCAGGGAGAAGGUGGAUAUUCAGUGAAAGAAAUCAAGAGCUGGGAGGAGGACAUUUACUAGUUGUUCUUUGCACAUUUUCACUGAGCUCAGUGAGGCUUAAUGUCCAGUUCGGUAGGUACUGGAGAAGCGUGAAUUAAAGGGAUGUGGUUUCUGGCCUGAUGGAUUUAUGGUUUUAAGCUAAGCUAUGAUAAAGUGUGAAGAAGGCAACAAAACAGUAGCUGGAGAAGAGGCUGGGACUAGUGCUACUGAAUGAUAGAUUAGCUUCAUGAUUGUGGUAUGCAGAGGUGUGUCUUGCCAGCGCUCCUGAGUAAUGACAUUGAGAUGGUUCGUGCUGCCUUUCGAACUGUAGAAGCUCAUGCUGUUACUUCGUGGAUAUUGCAGAGACCUGCUCAGUGCCUCUUUUAUUGUAACCACUUACGUACUGAAGAAAGUAGAUGCUACAAAACCCAGUAUCUGUGCCUGGAUAUUGGAAAGGAAUUAUGUAAAAUGGAUAAGAGCUUUGCUUUGUUGUCUUGAGGAAUAGUUUCAUGACCAGAUAGUGUUUCAAUGAAGAAGAAGUAAAGGAUGUCAACAGUCAUUUUUUUCAGAAAAUGCAUUUUAAUAGUCUGUUAGGAGACUAUCAGAGGAGGAUAAACUUCUUGUCCCUUGCAAUUUGUUCCAAUUUGUGUUUUGUGCUUCGAGACAUCCUUCUCUUGUACCAUCAAAUAUGGGAGAGAUACUUUACAUCAGUCCUUCUUAAGGCAUAAAGCGUAAGGGGCCAUUCUGUACAGAAGGCAAGACAAUUACCUUAGGCAAUUUUUUUUUUCAAUCCUAACAAGGAUUGAACUCAGCAUAGAGAACAUAAUGUCUUAAUUAUAGCAGAGCAUCUUAUUCUUAAGAAAGUAAACUGUGCUAUAAGUAAGUGCAGGGAGGCUAAAGCGUCACCAGUGCCUGGAGACCGGUGCGUGACUGGCCCUCAUUCAGGUGACGCGCAGGCUUAUGUUCUGGACACAGGGGAGACUUUCAACAUCCUUCUCAGCUUUGAUGUAGGUAAAAUGCCUUCCAAACUGCAAACGUGGCAGUUAGUGUGACUCCAGUGAGUUGACAAAGGUGUGUUAACUGCCAUACCUGCAAAAGCAAAUGCUUGUACCAACUCAAAGAAUUGCUAAAAGUGGAAAAUGGACUGGCACAACCUGUUAUAUCAGAGAAAGAUGAGAUAUAUAUA